UAUGCUCUCUCUCUCUCUCUCUCUCUCUCUCUCGUCCCUGAACUCAAGCCACUAUCAUCAACACUCGUCUCUCCAUCUCUUGUUUCCGUGAAGAGAAAUCCCCAGAACCUGGAUUUCGUUUCUCGUUUUCUCAUCAAUUCCUUUUUCUCCUGCGUUCACCGCAUUGAAUUUCCAAGGUAGAGCAUUAUACUUGCUACCGCUCAUGUGAAAUUGACUGCCAAAUUCAGUGCUUUUCGUCAUGGGGAUUUACAUCUGUGAUGCGAUUUCUAGCUUCUCUUUGAAAUUCCCAGUAGUCGAUGGAAGCCACGGGCCAUAUCGUCCCUUGCUUAGACGAAACCCCUUACUCUUGAAACCACCUCGGUGGAAUGGCCCUUUUAAUUGCAAUUGUCGGGCGGCUAUGGCGGUUGAUGAGGUUUUAGAAGAGGGUAAAGAACAAAGCCCUAGGUUUAGGUGGGUUGAGGUCGGUCUGAAUCUGACGGAAGAACAGGAGAAAGCCAUAUCUCGGCUUCCUUUUAGGAUGUCGAAACGGUGCAAGGCGCUGAUGAGGCAGAUUAUUUGCUUCUCCAAUGAAAGGGAGAGUUUACGCGAUUUGUUGACCGCUUGGGUUAGGAUCAUGAAACCCAUUAGAGCUGACUGGCUUUCUGUCCUCAAAGAGUUGAAGAAUCUAGACCAUCCAUUUUAUGUCCAGGUGGCAGAGUUUUCACUGCUUGAGGGGUCUUUUGAAGCCAAUGCCCGUGACUACACCAAGAUCAUUCAUUACUACGGGAAGCAAAACCGAGUACAAGAUGCCGAAAAAACCCUUCUUGCGAUGAAAGAACGAGGUUUGAUCAUCGAUCAAGUGACUCUGACUGCAAUGGUUCACAUAUACAGCAAGGCAGGCUACCACGAAUUGGCCCAAGAAACUUUCAAAGAGAUCAAAUCAUUAGGGGAAAGGCUAGACAAUCGGUCAUACGGUUCAAUGGUCAUGGCCUACAUUAGAGCUGGAAUGCCCGAGAAAGGAGAAGCUCUACUCAGGGAAAUGGACUCGGAAGAAAUCAUGGCGGGAAGGGAAGUGUACAAGGCGCUGUUGAGAUUUUACUCGAUGGCUGGAGAUGGGGAAGGUGCCAAAAGGGUAUUCGAAGCAGUUCAGAUGGCGGGGAUUACGCCGGAUGAUAAGCUCUGCGGGCUGCUCAUAAACGCGUAUAGCGUCUCGGGUCAGAGCCAGGAAGCACGGUUGGCGUUUGAGAACAUGAGAAAGGCGGGAAUCAAAGCUACGGAUAAAUGGGUGGCUCUGGUCUUGGCAGCUUACGAGAAAGAAGAUAAGAUAAAUGAAGCGUUGGAGUUCUUGAUUGAGCUCGAGAGAGAAUCUAUAAUGGUUGGAACAGAAGCUUCUGUCGUGUUGGCUCGGUGGUUUAAGAAGCUUGGUGUUGUACAAGAGGUGGAGCUCCUCCUCAGGGAGUUUUCUGCUACCCAUUCCCCGACAUGAACCUUUAUUACAUUUACAUAUAUAUGUAUGUACGUAUGUAUGUGUGUGUAUAUACUCGAUUUUUUUAACGACGUUAUCGUAAAAUAGCCCAAAAAUUACUGGUGAUUCUCGAAAAGUA